AUGGCGCAAAUUCCAAAUCCAUCUCCGCUUGCCCCGAAUGCAAAGAAUAAAGCACUUUACCAAAAUAUUGACGGUAAAGUCAUGAGAGAAGCUGCAAACUCAACCCUCAUACGAUAUGGAGGAAAUUUCUCAUCAGAUAUCAUUAUUGGAGCCAAAGGGGUUUAUAUCUACACGGCCGAUGGUAGAAAGAUCCUAGAUUUUACUUCUGGACAAAUGAGCUGUCUCAUUGGCCAUGGACAUCCAGAAAUCGUCGAGACGAUUUCUGCACACGCUGCAAAACUGGAUCAUUUGUUCAGUGGCAUGUUAAGUCCGCCUGUGGUGGAACUCGCACAGAAAUUAACGUCUUUAACACCACCUGGUCUUGACCGUGCUAUGUUCCUUAAUACCGGAGCGGAAUCGAAUGAGGCCGCAAUUAAGAUGGCUAAACUUUAUACGGGGAAGUAUGAGAUAGUGGGAUUGGGAGCGAGCUGGCAUGGGAUGACUGGAAGUGCGAGUGCGUCAACCUACCACUCUGGAAGGAUGGGUUAUGGUCCAUGUAUUCCAGGCAACCUCAUUUUACCCUCUCCAAACGCAUAUCGCUCGAUCUUUCGCCACGCAGAUGGCUCGUACGAUUGGGAAACCGAAUUAAAUUAUGGGUGGAAUUUGAUUGAUCAACAAUCGACAGGGUCAUUGGCCGCAGUUAUCCUCGAACCUAUCCUCAGUUCCGGUGGUAUGCACGUCUUGCCAGAAGGAUAUAUGAAAGCGAUGAAAAGACAUUGCGAAAAACGUGGUAUGCUUCUCAUUGUUGAUGAAGCACAAACGGGAAUUGGGAGAUGCGGUUCGAUGUUUGCAAUUGAGCACGAUGAGUGCACACCAGAUAUUUUAACCCUCAGCAAGACAUUAGGUAAUGGACUUCCACUUGCUGCUGUUGUUUGCUCGGCAGAGAUUGAAGAAACUUGCUUCAGUCGCGGAUACCUUUUCUACACAACGCACGUAAAUGACCCAUUACCUGGUGCUGUUGGUGCCAAGGUUUUGGAUAUUGUCAUUCGAGACAAUCUUGUCGAACGCUCUCGUGUGGCAGGUUUAAAGUUGAAAGCUGAGUUGAAAAGGUUGCAGGAAAGGUAUGGUUGUAUUGGAGACGUACGCGGCAGAGGCUUAAUGGCAGGAGUAGAAAUUGUAAAGGAUCGAAUCACGAAAGAGCCGGCGCCGGAAUUAGGAGCAGCAUUAACGAUGAAACUGAGUGAGCUUGGUUUGUCUGCAAAUCUGUCGGACAUGAAGUCGUUUGGGGGAGUGUUUCGUAUAGCUCCUCCUAUCACUAUUACUGAUGAAGAGUUGAUAGCUGGACUUGGAAUCUUUGAGGAUGCUUUGAGGACUACUCCGGGUACAAUGCAGAUUAGCUAG